AUGAUUUAAUAAUUUUAGUGUGCUUUUCGGCAUAAUCAGCCUAUCGUUAGUAUAGUUUUAGAUUAGACUCUCAGAUAAAAUGAAAGACUUUUGUGUGCUCAAUGUGUUGAAUCCUACUCUUUAGAAGCUAGGACGAUGGGAUUAAGAGCAGCAAUGUAAUUGGUUGAAGAAAUUGAUAAGCAAAAAAAAGAAUUAAGGGAAAAUUUAAUCACUAAGAACUCUAAUCUAUUGAAUUCUUUUCAACUAAUUUUAAGAGAGUUGCAAACAUCAAUUAAUAAAGAAUUAGACUCAUUUAUAAACAUUACAAAAUUUUGGAUAGAAGAUUUGAAUAAAAUAAAGUUAGCUCCAUCAAACUUUUUGGAAGAAUUAGAUAAAAUACUCAAGUAUGGAAAAGAUAGCCUUGUAAAUUAGGAAUCGAUAGAAAAAGCAAUUCAUGAAAUCAAUAAUUAAUGGAGUGUAAAAAUUAAUAGAAAAUUAGACAAAUUUAGUCAAUUUGAGGAGAAGAAGAAAUGUUAAGCAAUUUUAGAUGAUCUUAUUAAUUAAAAGGUAGAUAAUUAAGAUGAUGUAAUUUUUUAUGACUAUAAUUCAAUAUCCACAGAUUUGAGAAAUAGUAGGAGAAUGAAAAGUAUUUAGAACCUAGAUAAAAAAUUAAAAUUGUAGUUGAUAGAUUAAAAGGUAUAAUCUGAUACAUGUUAUGCUAUGGCAUUUGAUGUAAAUAGUUAAAUUAUGGUAUCAAGUUGUUUGUAAUCUAUUAAAGUAUGGAAUUUAAAAAAUGGAAUAUUAAAAUUCGAAUAAAAUUUGAAAGGACAUAAUGAUAUCGUAAAUAAUCUAUUAUUCAGUAAAAAGUAAAAAUUUUUCAUUUCAGCAUCUUGUGAUAAAACUAUAAGAAGUUGGAAAUCAUUAGUAUAAAAUGAAUGGGAAUCCUCAAGUUCUUAUUAAUUGAAUAAUGAUUAAGUAUUCUGUAUGAUAAUGAAUAAAAAUGAAACCCAACUGUUUACUGCUGGAACUAACGGGACAAUACGAAUUUGGAAAAUUAAUUUUGAAAAAAAUACUUUAACAUAUCUAUCAAUUUUCAGUUUUAAUCCCUACAAUAUUUAUGCAAUUUGUUUGAAUGAAUAGGAAAAUAUUUUGAUUUCAAGUGGAUAAAAUAAAUAGAUAUUGAUUUGGGAAAAAGCAAAUGAAGACAAAUUCAAAUUUAAGCAUGCUGUUAAAUAGAUUUUAGAAACCGAUGGUUCUCAAAUAAAACUUUUGGAUGAUGAUCGAUUGAUAUAGUUACCAUAGGGUGAACAAGAUUGUAUAUGUGUUUAUUAAAGGAAAAAUGGUAUUUUUUAUGAAACUAUUGAAAAAAGAAUAAAAUUAGAAAAGUCUAAUACGGUUGAAUGUUAAGGACUGGGAUAAAUAAUUUAUAAUUAGGGGAAAAAUAUGCUUAUUGUUAAAUGCAAGAAUUAUAUUUAUGUUAUUAAAGAGAAAGAAGGAAAUUUUAGUAUUGAAGAUCAACUGAAUUGCAAGACCGAACAUAAUUAUUUCUCAAUUACAGAGGAUGGUUAAUAUCUUGUUGUAUGGGAUGUUUAAAGUAAAUCUUAUCAAUCAUAUGAAUUAUUAUAUUAAUGA